CAGUGCCGUAAAAAAUGUUUUUUUUUCGCGGCAUCCCUCCUUCUUGUCACUUUCGUCAAUUCGUCAAACGCAUAGCAUCUGAAUUUUUAGAUAAUUUUUAUUAGAUUCAAUUAUUGUUUUGUAACGCAGCAUCAUGUCGAGCAACGGCCGCAAGCGCGCCGCGCCAGCUUCGGGGCGAAGCGCCAAGGCACGGAAGCCACGCAAGCCGGUGUCGGAGGACGAGGACAGCAACGACUCGUCGCUGUCCGACCAACAGCCGCCGGAGCCCCCGAGGACCCCGUCGCCCAUGGUCGACGAGCCCAUGGUCAAGUUGCCGGAGGAACUACUGCGGUCGUUUUACAAGACCCCAGGCCGGCUGAUGAUAGCUGGCAUGGUGUCGUGGGACCUGGUCGCCAAGCGCGAGAACAACCCCACCAAGCGGAGCCACCCCAACCUCUUCACCUUCCACAAGUUCACUGAUCGCCGGUACCGACUGAUAGUGAGCGGAUGCAGCGCUGGUCACUCCAUCCUUAUUUCUGAUGACGGAAAAGCUUAUACAUUUGGUCGCAACAACUGCGGGCAGCUGGGUUUCGGCGACACGAUAACGCGCAACGAGCCGCAGCUCGUCCCGGGCCUGAUGGACCACAACAUCAUACACGCGGCAGUGGGCAGGAACCACUCGCUCUUCGUCACAGACACGGGCGCGGUGUACGCGUGUGGAGACAACAAGAGCGGCCAGUGCGGCCUCGGCAGCACCGCGCCGCAGGUGCUGAAGCCGACCCGCGUGCGAUACAAUGGAGCUCCUAUUGUGAAGGUCGGCUGCGGCGCCGAGUUCUCGAUGAUCCUGGACUGCAACGGGGCCCUGCACUCCUUCGGGCUACCCGAGUACGGACAACUUGGCCACAACACAGACGGCAAGUACUUCGUGACGUCCACCAAGCUGUCGUAUCACUUCGAGACGGUGCCGAAGCACGUGGCGCUGUUCUUUGAGAAGUCCAAGGAGGGUCACGUCUCGCCCGUAAGGGACGUCGAUAUUGUGGACUUCUCCUGUGGGAACAAUCACACGGUGGCCAUAGACUCCAAGAAGCGCGCCUUCAGCUGGGGCUUCGGCGGCUUCGGGCGGCUGGGGCACGCCGAGCAAAAGGACGAAAGCGUGCCGCGCCUCAUCAAGUACUUCGACUCGCAGGCGCGCGGCGUGCGUUCCGUGCACUGCGGCGCCACCUACAGCCUCGCCGUCAACGAGAACGGAGCCCUGUUUCUGUUCGGCCAGACUAAAAGGACCGGCGAAGCCAACAUGUAUCCAAAGCCAGUGCAGGAUCUCACAGGCUGGAAUAUCCGCAGCGUGGGAACCAGCAACACGUCGAUUGUGAUCGCGGCCGACGACUCACUCAUCGCAUGGGGCGUAUCGCCCACCUACGGCGAACUGGGUACCGGCGAGAUCAACAAGUCGACCGCGCGUCCCAAGGAAGUCUCGCGGAUGGACGGCCUAAACAUCACCCAGGUGGCUAUGGGCUACUCGCACACGCUGCUCCUGAGUGACGACACCGCCGACGAGGUCAAGGCCAAACUCGAGAGCAUGCCCACCUUCAACCCUUAACCAGCUCACUAAACAGCUUUCAUACGACCAUGCUGCUCGAAGUUAGAACUGACGGUUAGGACCUUUUAAUCCCCACUUAGAUCAAUGUGAAUUUUCGCGAAUGAAAAAUCCGCCAGAUGGCAAUACGUAGACGCGAGGUCCAAAUGCUGCACGAUUGGUUAUUUUUGACAUGACAUUGACAGAUAUGUCAAAAUCCACCAAUCACGCAGCAGUCAGACCCCACAUCCACGUCCCGCCAUCCAGCGGAUCUUUCAUUCGCGAAAAUUCACAUUCUCAUCCACAUACUAUGGAUCGUUUCAUCCACGAAGACCCGCCAUUCUUCCGCUAAUGUUUGAGUGUUAUCGGUACACGCUACAUCAUCCAUGAGUGCACACGCACACUACAAUAAUGACGCUCGCGCUUCUCUCAACCAAAAAUUGGUGGGACGCAUCUUUGUGAAUGA